UUUCAAACCUCCUAGGUCACACGCGAACGAACGAACGAACGAACGGAGGUAGAGAGAGAGAGAACGAGGGAGCUUGUCUGAGAGUCUCAGCAAAAGGGGUCGAUUCUCCAUGAAUUGAUCUCGAAUUACGCAAGGUGAUGAGCAGGAAGGCGGUGACGCCUAGGUGUGACUCGCAAGCUUGUUUUGGGUAUUUGUCAUGUCGGCUUAACUUGUAUACAUGUGUUAGCAAUUAUGGAGUCAAACACGCUGUAUCCGUCCCCAGAAAAUGCUGAUGCAAAGGCAGCAUUUCGUAAGCCUUUAAAUGAUGCAGCUAACAGGAAGUAUAGGCGUCGGUCUCCAGUUGGUGGAUCAUCCUCAUCUGAUGGGAGUCCAAGACGUGAGCAUAGCUCUAGUCCAAUCCAUUCAAGGGAAGAUCCUGCGAGUGACUCUGAUCCUCGGCGAAGGAAAGAUGAUGGGAGGGACUUUGAUAGGGAUUCUGGUGGGAAUCAUCAUGGCCGAAGUGGUGAUUCAUACAGGUAUUUUGAUCGACAGUCGUCUAGAAGUUCUCAUAAUUACCAAAGGCAGGAUGACUAUGACAGACAUGAAAAGCACACAGCUGAAGUGAAAAACUACUCAUCGUCUCGUUCUGGUCGAGAGUCAAGGGUUAGCAUUCAAUCUGAUCAUACAAGGAGAGAAAGUGAGCAUUACAGAUCAAGAGACCAUUUGCAUGGUGAUGACAGGUAUUCCCGAGAUAGAUCUGAUGGUUCAGGGAGGAGAAGCAGGGAUAAGGAGAAAGAAACUUCAUCUCUUGAGUAUCAGAAGUAUAAAGGCAAGGAUUCAUUAUCUGACCGAGCUGGAUCUGGCAGGAGAUACACUAACUCCAAUGUUGAAGAUAUAAAGUAUGGGGAGCGGGACAGGUAUAAGGGGGAUGGAGAUGGUCGGGAUGAAAAGAGGGACUAUGUGAGGAGUUCAAGGGAUUAUAGAAAUGAUUGUUCACCUGUUCGUGAAGAACAUAGGGGGCAUCGGAAUGACUCAACUUCACGCAGGGAUAGUGCCAGACAUCGGUUGAAAGAAGCUUCUAAAAGUGACCCUAGAGAAUUGGAUGGGGAGAGGAUUGCCAAAAAGGAAAAGAGGAAAUAUGAUGAUCAGGAAACUGGCAGGCACAAGGACCGAUAUGUUGGAGAACCGGGGGAGCAGCUUGAAGACAGUAAGUACUCUUACAGUGAAAAUCAAGAAUCUAAUGACAAAAUGGCAAAACUAUUUAGCUUAGGCACUGAUUAUGGGAAAAAUGUUUCGAAGUUUACAACUGGAGCUAAUGAAAGACAUUCUUCAAGUUCAAAGCAAGCCCAGGAGCUUGUUGUUAAGGUGACUUCAGAGCAGUCCCCUGCAAAAGUUUUGGAAUCUGCUAAUGAUAUAGAUGCUGCAAAAGUUGCUGCAAUGAGAGCUGCAGAAUUAGUUAAUAGGAACCUCAUUGGAACGGGUUACAUGUCUACUGAUCAAAAGAAGAAGCUGCUGUGGGGGAAUAAAAAGAGCACUACUGCUGAAGAGUUUGGUCAUCACUGGGAUACGGCUUUGUUUUCUGAUCGUGAACGGCAAGAAAAAUUCAACAAACUCAUGAGUCUGAGGUUGCCUUGGUACCUAUGGCCAAUUGUAGGGAGUGAAGGGCGAACUGAAAGUGGAGCACAAACCCGACAACCAAGAAAGCAGUGGCCUCCAAGCCGAGAAGCAGAAGGAACUACAACUGGAUUUGGAGAAGCAAUACACUGCUGGACUCCGUCGAAGAGAUGGCCGAACUGUUGGAUUAGGUCUCUGAGAGUCUACUUGGGAUGUUUUUGUAGUUGGACAAUGACAUUUAGCUCCGUUGUGUUGUACUUCUUUGCAAGAAUCUUGUCUUUUGUGUUCAUUUUUAACUUCUGGCUUGUAAGGGCUAAUUGUGCUUUGCCAUUUUUAUUCAAAAUUUUAGAUCAUGAUACAAAUAGGUGUUGUGAUACAUAUUUGGCAUUAUUUGGAACUGAGAUUACAUGUUCUUGGCCUUUUGAAUUUUUGAAUUUGGAAAUUGUAAGCGUUGUGGCUCAGCUGAUCAAGCAUUAAAAGUAUCUCA